AUGCGAUAUGCGAAGCCGCCUUUUCGCGCACGCAUCGCCCGACCCCACCGGCAGGCAUCUGGGAGUGUGAUCUACGCACUUUUCCUAACCGAGACCAAGCUGGAUCGCCGGGUGCUCGAGGUGACCGGGGGGAGGGGAGGUCCUCAAGAGUUUGAGGGAACCAAACCAGACAAGCUGGGAGCUAUGCGACAUGGGAUCCCUCCCCCCCGGCGUCACAGAAGCCAGGGCCAAACCCGAGUCCAAGCUCCCAGUAUCCUGGUCAGUCUAGCGAUGGAAGUGGACUGUGGCCCAGAUCUCGGCUCUGAAAGCUCUCUUUCGUCUCUUGUCAAGAGUCUGUGGGAUGUGUGUGUGUGUGCGCUUUGUGUGGGCAGCGGCACAUAG